GGGCGCAUCGUGGGCGUUGAUCCCGGCGUAGGCGACUACCUGGUGGCCUGUGUCGGGUCAAUGCCAGGCUUCUCACCGCACAGCUACAGUGGCCGGCCACGAGCCGCGCACGUCUGGCGUGGCCCAGAUGGCCAGGCUCCUGGGCCUGCCCAGCCCCCACUGCAGCGACGGCGGCGACGGCAACAGCGGCGAUGGCAGCGGCAGCAGCGGCGGCAGCGGCGACAGCAGCGACGGCGUCGGCGGGGGCAGAAACGGAGGUGGCGGCGCAAGGCGGGCGGGAGGUGGAAGGGCAAGAGGCCAGACAGGCCGUCGGCUGUGGCUGCAGGCACGGCUAAAGGAGCAGCCGGCGCUCAAGCGCUGUCAGUGGGGCCAGCGGCGGUGGCGCCUGACUGUCCAUGUGCGGACGCAGAAGGUGCUGGAGCACACGGCGCAGCAGCUGGCUGGUGGAAGGCCCAAGGAGGAGGUCAUUGUUGGCUGGGGCAACGCCAACACUGGCUAUGGCGGUUGCAUCAGCAGGUUGGGGCGGGGCCCAAACCGGGCACUGCUCCGCCUGCUGGUGGACAAGUACGCGCACCUGGUGGUGUACGUGGACGAGUUCUACACAUCGCAGGGACGUGACGUCAACUCCGCAACCAACAUCCGGCACGCGCUGGUGGAGAUGCUGCUGGGGCACAAGCGACCUGCAUCGCUGCAGACUGGCGGCGGCGGCGGCGGUGGCAGCGGCGGCGGCGGCAGCGGCGGCGGCGGCAGCGGCGGCGGCGGCAGCGGCGGCGGCGGCAUGACAAGUAGUGCGGCUGUUGAGAACUGUGCUGUGCCUGGCUGCGGUUGGCUCUGCUGUGGCAUCGCGACUACUAGAUAGGCACCUGGUUUGGCUAUGUGCCUGUGGAAACCGACCCCGGCUAUGUCCGGGCGAUGAGGUUGUUCGGCCUCAGACUGUGGAGGAGCUCAGCCCCUUUUCCCGUGACCGGGGAACACUUGUCUGCCGCCCUGUCUAGAUACCUGAUCCUUA